AGUACUUAUUUUUACUUAGACGGGGACAUCAAUUUUAUGGAAAAAAAGUCACAUGAUGAAUUAAAAAUAAACCAAUGAGAAGCUAAGUUUUCAUGAGUAACUAGAGUGACCAAGAUCUUAAACCGUUAAGAGUUCCUCAAAUGAAUUUGCCCAUCCUCCUGCGCGCCUCACCACCUGUUCUUCCUCCUCUCAACUGUACCACGUCUAUUACCAGAAACGCGAGUACUGAACAGUACGCAAUAUGGGGCCAGAACUUGAACUUUUCCAUCAAAACCAAGCAAGGUGGAAGCUUGCCAAUCCUUAAGAAUUGCUCCAUUCAGAUACCCUCUGGUCAAUUAUGGAUGCUGCUUGGACCUAAUGGGUGUGGAAAAUCUACCCUUCUUAAGAUAUUGGCUGGCCUCUUGAAAACAAAUGAUGGGAAUGUUUAUGUUAAGAAGCCAAAAAGCUUUGUAUUCCAGAACCCAGAUCAUCAGGUAGUGAUGCCUACUGUGGAAGCUGAUGUUGCAUUUGGUCUCGGUAAAUUUGAUUUGACCUAUGACGAAGUUAAAUCAAGGGUUGCGAAAGCUUUGGAUGCUGUGGGCAUGUCUGAGUAUUCACAAAGGCCAGUUCAAACUCUCAGUGGUGGACAGAAACAGAGGGUAGCAAUUGCAGGUGCACUAGCCGAAGCAUGUAAAGUACUGUUGUUGGACGAGCUCACAACAUUUCUGGAUGAAAGUGAUCAGAUUGGAGUCGUAAAAGCAGUGAAGAAUUCCCUGACAAGCUCCGGAGAAGUAACAGCAUUGUGGGUAACUCAUCGUUUAGAAGAACUCGAAUAUGCAGAUGGUGCAAUUUAUAUGGAGGACGGGAGAGUGGUGAUGCAUGGCGAUCCUUCUUCAAUCUUGGAUUUUAUUAACAGACAGCAAGCCUUGUAUAUUAAUCAAAUUAAUUCCUGAUUGUUUUAUGUUUCAUAUUGUUGUAGACUUUGCAACAAUAUCAAUUGUUUCUACAAUCUGUCAAAUAUCUACUGCACUUUUCUGAUGGUGUUACUUUA